AUGUCGCAAAAUCGGUCCGGAGUUUUCUCGGGCCUGCGUAUGGGGGAAGUCGUACGUGAAAAGGUUCAAGAUGGCCUGACCGGCGAGACCAAGGAAAUGCAAUACACCCAGUGCAAAAUCGUGGGGAAUGGCUCCUUCGGCGUCGUGUUCCAGACAAAGAUGUCUCCUAGUGGUGAGGAUGCUGCUAUCAAGCGAGUUCUGCAAGAUAAGCGAUUCAAGAACCGUGAACUGCAAAUUAUGCGUAUUGUACGCCAUCCCAACAUCGUUGAGUUGAAGGCUUUCUACUAUUCUAAUGGCGAGAGGAAAGAUGAAGUCUACCUGAACCUAGUUCUCGAAUACGUUCCCGAAACGGUUUACAGGGCUUCGCGCUACUUCAACAAACUGAAAACGACCAUGCCAAUGCUAGAGGUCAAGCUCUACAUCUACCAACUUUUCCGCUCAUUGGCCUAUAUCCAUUCGAGAGGCAUCUGUCACCGAGAUAUCAAACCGCAGAAUCUUCUGCUUGACCCAAACACGGGCAUUCUCAAGCUCUGCGAUUUCGGCUCCGCGAAGAUCUUGGUCGAGAACGAACCGAACGUCUCUUACAUCUGCUCUCGCUACUACAGAGCACCAGAAUUGAUUUUUGGCGCCACCAACUACACCACGAAAAUCGAUGUAUGGUCUACUGGUUGCGUCAUGGCCGAGUUGAUGCUUGGACAGCCUUUGUUCCCUGGAGAAUCCGGAAUCGAUCAAUUAGUAGAGAUCAUCAAAGUGUUGGGUACUCCUACCAGAGAACAAAUCCGAACCAUGAACCCGAACUACAUGGAACACAAAUUCCCUCAAAUCAAGCCUCAUCCCUUCAACAAGGUCUUCCGAAGGGCACCUCACGAGGCCAUUGAUCUCAUCUCCGCCCUCCUAGAAUACACACCCACACAACGACUCCGGGCGAUUGAAGCGAUGUGCCAUCCAUUCUUCGAUGAAUUGCGGGAUCCCAACACUCGAUUGCCAGACUCUCGUCACCCCAGCAAUCCACCUCGGGAUUUACCAAAUCUAUUCGACUUCUCACACCACGAACUUUCAAUCGCUCCCGAGCUGAACAGCCGACUGGUCCCAGAACACGCAAAAGCUGCUCUGGAGGCUCGCGGAUUGGAUAUUGACAACUUCACGCCCAUUUCGCAAGAAGAAAUGCGAGCCCAUCUCGAUUGAUCUACUCUUUCUUUUUCCAACCUUUGUUAUCAUGCUGAACGAAACGAAUUCGGAAUCUAAUUUGGGAUGCUACAUAAUGUGAUCAAAAACGAAUAAAAAAAGGAAUUGCGAGCUUGCUGUUUGGCACCUCAGACAUGCCUCCCUUCAUAUCUAUGCAUUGGGUGGUCUUGCAUAUUGAAAGAAAAGUUUCCGAACAUGUUACUUACGGUUUUGCAAGUCGAACGGUGUCAGGUGGGUUGACGACUGAUCUCUCUGCUACAAAAAGUUUUAUGGAGUUCCACCAUGCGAUGUAAAUGGGGAAAGCAAUGGAAGAGUGGCAAAGAGCAGUUGGUCUCGAUGUGCGAACGAAGAUGGAUUCGAACAGUUAAUUCUGUCGAACUCCAUACUUUGUCCAUCUGCAAGAGACAAAAAUGAUACCCCUUGUGUGUACGAGUCUUAUGAUGUAUGGAUGGGAAAUCGAGGACCCUGGCUGAAAUUUUCAUGGCAUGGACUGAAUUGAUGGGCAUGGAUGAAUGAGGACAAUCGGAGGUGCUUUUUUUUGUAUGAUUCCAUCGGCAUCAUCUUCACAGCAACUGAUAAUGUUGGGGGGAGGGGGGGAUUGAGCCUAUGUUUCGUCAACUGCGCUGUAGUAUUGUUGCAGAUAGAUGGAAAUGGUUCUGUUGAUGCCUAGUAUAUCUCUUCAACCUUUGUUCAUUUCUUGUUCUCUUUUUUUCCGUUUUCUGGGUUUCACGUUUUUCGCACCAUACACUUACUUUUGCGUUGUCGUUACACCUUGUCCUCGAAGUCCAGAACCAUCUAUAUCUCUCUAUCGUUGAUGAGAUUCCCCUUUUGCCUCUUUUCUUUUUCUCGCAUUUUCUCUUUUCUCUUUUCUCUUUCUUUUCCGCUUUUCUUUUUGGUCCUCUUAUCUCUCUGUGUGUGGUAUCUCCAUCCUCAUUUGACUGGUCUCGAACUGUCUAAACCAAGUGACUGAAUUAGAGUGACUGAACUGAAAUGAUGAAAUAACUACUACUAUUACUUCUUACCUGAAUCUUUGGUCUUUAUUUCUCCAUCUAUCAUCUAUUCAUGUUUAGGUCUCGGUUAGACUGGUGGUCAAUGUCCACAUUCUUUGGAGUCUCAUGUUUCGGAUUUCUUUUCGUCAAGGUUAGAAUAAGCUGGAACUUAUUCAAGCUAUACAUUUAUUCUUUGAUACU